AUGGGGAAACAGCGGAACAUCCCCGGGGUACCUGCCGCCUCUGAGCCUGUCCAGGCCCCGCCGCCCGGGCCUUAUUUGGUAAGAGCCUGCGCUGCCCUCCGGCGGGGCGCGAGCUGCGGGGGGCCCCCGGAGGCCCCGAGCCGCCGCCAGGCCCGCAGCUCGCUCCCCCCCCCACCUGGCUCCUCCCCGGGCCCCUGGGCCAGAGGCUGGCACUUCUGGAGGCGCGAGAUCCCGCGCGGGUCGGGCCAAGACCGCGGCGGCCUGCCUCGGAUCCCAGCCCGGGGACGGGAGAGGGAUUCCCCAGCUUUUGCCCUUAUAUGGCCGAGGAGAGGCCGCGGUGCUCCCACAGGCCCCGCGGGCUCCCGAGGUAUUGUCUUAAGAGGGUGUUUGGCACCGGGCAGCGAGGCCUUGGAUUCUUGUAAAAUCCUGGCAGGGAAAUUGUUUGACAGCCUCGACGAUGUUCUGGAGCCUCCGGGAGAAGCCCGCCCCCGAGGGCCGAGGGCACGUGGGGCGCCAGCCGCGGGCCGGGAGGGCGAGCUCUGGCAGCGGGCUCGGGGCCGCCCCGCUCGGGGUGACCGGGGCAGGGGCCUCUGUGCCCCGAUCGGCUCGCAGGGUGCGCGGGGGGUACCGCCGAGGAAGCAGGGAGGAAAAUGGGCGUGGAGGGGGGCACGCGAGGUCACCGCCAGGAGAGCCGCCUGGCUUCGGCCUCCGACCGCGUGUAGCUGCCGUGAAAGGACCCGGCCGUCUUCGCCACCCCAUCCGCGCCUCUCAAGCACCAAGGAGGUGGACGCUCCUGUCAUCCCCGCUGACGGACGAGGAAACCGAGGCUCGGAGGAGGAAAGGGAUGUAGGACUCGGGGCUCAUUCUCCAGCCCUGUGGGGAGCUCCGCAGGCCAACGUUCAUUGUUCACAAACAGGUUCACAGACGUGUCCGUCCUGAGCCCAGCUCCGGGCCGGGCAUCGUCCUAGGCUCGCGGCAACGGCAGCGAACCAGCAUCCCUGAGGGGAGUGGAAUCCUUAUCCCCAUUUGACAGACGAGGAAACUGAGGCCCUGAGAGCUGAAAUGACUUCCUGCGUCAUUGAUAGGGGAUCGGACAGGACUUCCUCCCUAAGCUCCGCCUUAUGUCAAAACCAGUACCAGUCCAGGGGCGCCUGGGGGGCUCAGUCGGUUGAGCGACCGACUUCAGCUCAGGUCGUGAUCUCACACUCUGUGAGUUCGAGCCCCGCGUCGGGCUCUGGGCUGACAGCUCGGAGCCGGGAGCUGCUUCCGAUUCUGUGUCUCCCUGUCGCUCUGCCCCUCCCUGCUCAU